UCGCCUUAGUAAGCUGUGCCCAAUCAAUUUGCUUAACAAAGCAAACCCUUCUCUUCUCUAAGGAAUAAAAACUCAGAGCAAAAACCUCUGUUUCCGUCUGUUUCCGUCUUGUUUUCAUGGCUAUGCGUAUGAGAAACGUUGCUAACCAUGUUAAAUCGAGGAUGGGUCUUUUGAGUGUUACAAACCAUGGUGCUUCAUUUUCUUCUUCUACCCAUAUUGGUAAAUUUCUAGCUAUAAGUCCACCCGUUCGAGAUUUCAAGAACCCAGAUGCAAAUUUUAGCAAAAUAGCGACCUGCCGUUUUGAGUCCACCAAAGCCGAUAGUGGACGGUUGGGUUCGCAGUACAGCAGCAUUGACAGCAAUCAGGUUUUGGAUUUCCCUGGAGGAAAGGUUGCAUUCACUCCUGAAAUGAAGUUUUUAUCUGAAUCUCUUAAGGAGCGGAUUCCCUGCUAUCGUGUCCUUGAUGACAAUGGCCAGCUAAUUGAGGACAGUAACUUUGUAGGGGUCAGCAGUGAAAUUGCUAGAAAAAUUUACAGCGAUAUGGUGACACUUCAAACUAUGGACACUAUCUUCUAUGAAGCACAGAGGCAAGGAAGAAUUUCAUUCUAUGUGACUGCAAUUGGAGAAGAGGCCAUCAAUAUUGCAUCAGCAGCAGCUCUCACAAUUGAUGAUCUUGUCGUCCCUCAGUAUAGAGAGCCAGGAGUUCUUUUAUGGCGUGGUUUCACCCUUCAAGAAUUUGCGGACCAAUGUUUUAGUAACAGAGGUGAUAGUUGCAAAGGCAGGCAGAUGCCUGCCCAUUAUGGGUCAAAAAAGCACAAUUACUUUACUGUGGCAUCAACAAUUGCUUCACAGCUUCCCCAUGCAGUUGGUGCGGCAUAUUCUCUAAAGAUGGAUGGCAAAGAUGCUUGUGCAGUCACUUAUUUUGGUGAUGGUGGCUCAAGUGAGGGAGAUUUUCAUGCUGCUUUAAAUUUUGCGGCGGUCAUGGAGGCACCCGUUAUAUUUAUCUGUCGAAACAAUGGAUGGGCUAUUAGCACCCCUAUUUCGGACCAGUUUCGAAGUGAUGGUGUUGUUGUUAGAGGGCAGGCUUAUGGAGUACGAAGUAUUCGUGUAGAUGGUAAUGAUGCUCUUGCCAUGUAUAGUGCAGUUUAUGCUGCUCGGCAAAUGGCAAUCAGUGAACACAGACCAAUCUUAGUUGAGGCUCUAACAUAUCGAGUAGGACAUCACACCACAUCAGAUGAUUCCACUAAGUAUCGUUCAGUUGAUGAGAUUGAACGGUGGAGAUUGGCACGAGAUCCUGUUACUAGAUUCCAGAAAUGGAUAGAAAACAAUGGUUGGUGGAGCAGUGAGGCUGAGUCAGAGCUUAGAAGCAGUGUGAGGAAGCAGCUAUUAAACGCAAUACAAGUGGCAGAGAGGGUUGAAAAACCUCCGGUUGCCAAUAUUUUUUCAGAUGUGUAUGAUAUUCCCCCAUCCAACCUCUUUGAGCAAGAGAAGUGGCUUAGAGAGGCCAUCAAGAGACAUCCACAAGAUUACCCAUCAGUUUUUCCCCUGUAAACUUGUAGUAGGAUAAAUAAAUAA